UGUCUACAUUAAGAAUCUGAAGACAGGCAAGGUUAUCUACAGUUCUCCCAGCUGCAAAUUCUGAUCAUGACCGCCAACCUACGGUUCGCUCACAUAGCAGCGAUGCUCUUCUCUGACACGUAUGGCUCGACAUCACGGCAUUGGUGACGACACCAGCGUUUUCGUCCACAACUUCGAUAUUCUACUCCGAUCAUUUGGUUUUUUCUUUCAGUGUUUAACCUUUCUCAACGCCAUCGUCAAAAAAAAAUUAAAACACACACAAAAAAAGGACAGUUUUGAAAUCAACAAACUCGAAAAAAAAUUACUACAAACGUCGUUUAGUUUCGGUUUACACUUCCUGGUAUACAUAACGGUAGUUUGGUACCGACAUUCAUGGAUACGCCCCAGGAAUAAGCGGGAUCGGGUGAAUAGGCGUUACAAACAUAAUGAUUUCCUAUUAUACAUAUGGAUCAUCAUGUUCUUUUUUGCUUUGGUGCUGGAUUGGAGGGACCAUGAGGAUAUGGGAAAUACCCAGGCCGCUAUUGGGGUGAAAACGGACUCCGUACGCAGUGGAGGAUGAAGUGGACUUUACUCUCACCAGACUUUCAACUUGAAUUUGUAUACAGC